AUGUUCCAACUCUAUGUAUUCUUAUGCUUUCUGGCAAGCCUUCGGGUUUAUGCUGUGACUAUUGGCCCAGUUUCUGACCUCGUCAUUGCCAAUGGCGUUGUAUCCCCAGACGGGUUCCCCAGAUCGGCGGUCCUUGCUGGCGGCACUCAUCCGGGGCCCACUAUCAUGGCUCAGAAGGGGGAUACGUUCAAGAUUAACGUCACGAACCAAUUGAGUGACGAAUCGAUGCUAACGAGUACCAGUAUCCACUGGCAUGGACUAUUCCAGCAUCACAGCAACCAAAUGGAUGGCGUGGCAUUCGUUACGCAAUGUCCGAUUGCUCCAGGACAUUCCUUUUUAUACGACUUCAAUGCUCGCGACCAAGUGGGGACAUACUGGUACCACUCUCAUUAUGGAGUCCAAUAUUGUGACGGUCUACGAGGUCCGCUGAUCAUCUACGAUCCCGACGACCCAUACCGUUCAUUGUACGAUAUCGAUGACGGUGAGUAUAACAUUCCAUCACCUCAAGUACAGAGACAAGUGACCGCAGAUUCGGUGCUCAUCAAUGGUGUCGGGAGUUAUGAUGGAGGGCCGGACAUGCCUUUCGCUGUCAUCGACGUUCAGCCACGAAAGAGAUAUCGUUUCCGCUUGCUGAACAUGGCGUGCAAGCCAAACUACAUCUUCUCGAUCGACGGUCACAAUCUUACUAUAAUCGAAGUCGAUGGCCAAUACGUCGAGCCGCUCGUGGUAGACUCUAUUCAGAUCUACGCUGCGCAAAGAUACUCGUUCAUUCUCGAGACAGACCAGCCUGUCGACAACUAUUGGGUGCAUGCCGAUCCCGAUGCAGGUACAAAUGCUACAGCUAUCUUACGAUAUGCAGGCGCUCCCAUCGCGGACCCCAUGAACACGACAGCCUUAACCUGGGAUGCUCUGAAUGAGACCAGUCUACACCCCCUAUUCACGCCUUCGUCUCGUUUAAUGCAGGAACCAGACGUUAAACUUGACCUUGUUCUUGGGAAAAAUCUGUCCAAUUUCAACUUUCUCGUCAAUGGGGUCCAGUACACUUCUCCUAGUAUCCCUGUCCUGCUACAGAUACUGAGCGGUGCUAUGACGGCGGCGGAUUUUGCGCCCAACGGCACCGUAUACACUUUGCCACGGAACAAGGUCAUUGAAGUUUCAUUCAACCCCGAUAAUUCGCCUGGGGGUCCUCAUCCAUUCCACCUUCACGGGCACAGUUUCGCUGUUGUCAGAAGUGCUGGGAGUACCAGUUAUAACUAUGUCAACCCCGUCAUGCGUGAUACCGUGACCACCGGCAACCCCGGUGAUCGUGUGGCUUUCCGUUUCAUCACCGACAACCCUGGGCCUUGGCUGUUGCAUUGUCAUAUCGAUUGGCAUCUAUACACUGGAUUAGCUAUAGUGUUUGCAGAGGCUCCUGAAGAUGUUGCGGCUGACCAGCCUGUCAAUAAUGCUUCGAAGCAGCUCUGUCCGAUAUACAAUAGCCUUCCUCCGCAGAAUUUCCCUCUCCCUCCUGUUGAUUGAUAUUUUCGGUUCAUGUCUCCUCUUGUUCUAAAUCAUCUGUACAUUGCCUAAUACUUGACAUUGGUUCAUGGAGCCGUACUCCCGAGACACAAUUUAGUAAGAGAGUCCGAACUU